AUGAUUCUCGUAUUUUUUUUUGCGUCAGUUCUUCUCUCAUGUCUACCUUUCCUUCACUCUGCUACAAACCACAACACUUCCAUUCCUAUCUGCCCAAAAAGUUUCAGCUGCCAAAAUUUGGAACCAUUUAGUUACCCGUUCUAUAACGCCAAUGACACAAAGUGUGGGUUGAUUAAGGUCAAUUGUACUUCAAAUGGUACAAAUCUGGAAUUCAGAGGAGAUUCAUAUGAGGUUGGCGGCAAGUUUGGACCUCAGCAGUGUGUCCUUGUACGUAACAGAAAGUUUGAAAAACUUGUAAAUGAUAAAAAGUGUGAGGCUUUUACGUAUAAUUUCGCUUCUCCAUUUCCUCUUUUGUAUUCUAGUUUAAGCACAUCCUUCACCAAUAUCUACAAAUGCACCAACAGUACCAAUUAUGCUGAAGAAAUGGAUGCUUAUUUUAACCAAUCUACUUACAAUAGAUACACCAGAUGCAAACCAUACAAUUUCUAUUAUAAGUCUAACAUAAGCGAUACAACAGUUCCAACUCAUCUCCCACCUAUAUGUGAAAUCAUACAGCUGCCUGUGAAUGUGCAAUUUAAUCGCACCAGAAUACCCGACAAAACCGACAUAUUUUCUCUUCUUGGUUUUGAAUUCACCGUUACAUUUAAUUUGUCAAGUUCUUGCGAUGAAUGUCGCAAUAAUGACGGCCAGUGUGAUACUCGCGAUGGACAUUUUCAGUGUUUAGGCACCAAAAAAGUUGCGGCAGAAAAACGACACAGAAAACAGAAACAGAUUCUAGGUAAUAUACCUUAUGAUCGAAUGCAUGCACACACAUGA